AUCCAGUCCACAGGCCAGCUGAAGCUGCUGCGCAUGCGCGUCGUGCUGCGCACCGGAGCAGCGCUAAUGGCGGAGAGCGUGCGGUCGCCGUUCGACUACCGGGAGCCCCCGACCCUCGACAGCGACGGGGAUGGCAGCAAGCCGCCGCCACAGCGUGGGCGUGUGUGUGGCAGGAAGAGGAAGGGGACCCCAGUGAAGGUGUGUGAGCGUGCAGCAUAUGUGUCAGAAGAUGAAGAGGAGAGUCUGUCUGAACACAGCUACAGCCCAGGAGAUGAGCAGUACACCGAGGGUGCCGAGGAUACGCUCCCUCCACCGGGCAGCCCAUACUAUCUCACUGAUCACACACAACUCUGCGUGCCUGAGCUCGAUGAGGAGGGUUCGAGUGGAGUACGAGGUCCCGUGCUGUUUCAUCCACCACCCAACUGCAGGAUUCGAGAGGUGCACUGUGGCAGUCAGGUGCGGCUUGUCGUCAUAGCGAUUCGAGAUAUUGCCAAAGGCGAGGAGAUCACGGUGGACUACAGCCUGACCGACUGGGGAGAAAAUCCCAUGGGUUUCCAUACUUCUGUGUCCCCACGUGGGUUUGAAUGUGGAUUCAACCCAGAAAACAACAUCAAGAAGGAGGAGGAGCCUGGCUCGCUUCCACUGUCUCUUACUGUUUCUGACUAUCUCACUCCAUCAUGGUCUCUCUCGCCCUCCUCCUCCCCGCUCUCUCACUCUGAGGCCAGCGACUCCGACCGAGAGGAAGAUGAAGAGGAGGAAGAUGACGACGACGAUGAUGACGACGACGAAGAGGAGCUGGAGGACCUCAGGGGCCGUAUGAUGAGACGCCGCAAGAAACGAAAAACAUUAGUGACCGUCAAGAAGAAGACCACACCCAGGGCCCAGCCCCACCCUCUGUCCUUCACUCCCCCCGCCCCCUCGUCAUCCUCCCCCUUUCAGCAGUCUUUGACCACACCCACAACAAACAUAAACAAUAACAUAAACAUAAAUAUUGGGCACGGCGCUAGCGGCACCGUCUCCCAUCGACAGCACUGCCCGUACUGCGGCCGUCACUUCCGAUCGCUCGCCCGUCACCUCGAAAAACAUCACGACCAGCAGCCCGAGGUACGAGCCGCCAUGGAGCUGUCUCACCUCCAGACGCAAGCCCCAGCCACCGCCUCUUUCUCUUCUCCCGCUCGACCCACGUCCGCCUCUGGACCGUCCCUGUUUUCCCGCCAGCAAGAUUCCCUGUCUCCGGCAUCUAAACCCGGCGCGGUCUCCUUCUCGCUCUCCCUGUCGCAGCCUCCUUCCUUGAACCCCUCUAAAAAGAACGCCGCCGCCCUCUCGACAGCGACUAAAAAAGGCACGAUGAAGACUGUUGACAAGACGCCGCCGGUCACGCCCGCCAGGAGGGGACGCCCACCGAAGAAAGAAAAGGAAGAACAACAGAAGAAACGGGAAGAGGUGAAGCAAGUGCCAGAAGAAGCUCCUCCUACUCCAGGUAAAGAGGAAGAAGAUGAAGAUACGAGAGAUGAUGGACCUGCAGAUGAGAAGAUGAGUGCUGAGACAGUGAGCUCUCAGCGGUCACACAUGCCUCCUCUGCUGUCUUCGCUCUCUACUCUGGUUGUGUAUCUCCGACAACAGCAGCACUCGUCUUUUCUGUCCUUGUCUCGCUCUGCGGGUUCGGCGGAGGCCUGGCGUCUGCUCUGUCACUCCAGUCUGGCGCUUCUGAUUCUGUACAACCGUCAUCGUGAGUGCGAGGUGGCCAAACUCACCAUACAGGACUAUCGCAACCGCUCCAGCCCCUCUCGCCUCUCUCCUCUGGAGUCCUCCCUUUCUCCUUUUGAACGUCACGUUCUCUGUCACCUCGCCCGGGUGGGUGUGUUGGGCAAACGCGGUCGCGUUCAGCCCCUCGUUCUUCCGCCCCAUUCUGAGGCCUGUCUGGAUCUUCUCCUGAAGACCUCCGCGGAAGUGGGCGUCGAUCCGGAAAGCCCGUACGUCUUUUCCCGGCCGUAUCACUCCCCCGCCACGCCGCUCCGCGGAACGGAUCUUCUCCGAGGUUUGGCGCGCACUAGCGGUGCUAAAAAUCCCACGACGCUCACUGCACCGCGUUCUCGCCGGCAGGUGGCCAUCUUCACUCAGCUCCUCUUGCUGGAGGAGGGCGAACGACCUGCAGGUGCGGCAGCCAAACGAUUGGAAGAUUUCCUCCAGAGAGAGUAUCACGUGACUCAGAGCUGCGCCCGGAUCGGUCAGGACCCAGGGCUGAUGAGCCGGGUGGGACGGGUGGUGCUGUACGGAGAAAGAGACGGAGUGCUGUUCAGAGGAAUGAGUCUUCAAAACAUCUGUCUCGAACUGGACGUGAUGUCAGGGAACUCUGCCGACUCGUUCUCAGACGAUUCUGAUGCAGACGGUGACAAGAAUAAAGACAGAGUUCAGGUGGGAAAGAAAAGAGCAUCCAGCAGUCGAGGACCACGACCCAAAAAAUCAGCACCGGCCACGCCCACCCCUACAGCUACACACAAGAGGAGGAGUUCCCAGGUCAAAUCAGGUAAGCGUGGGGUCCUGAAGCGGCCGUGGUCUGAAGCCGAACGUGUCGCCGUGGAGACUCACCUGAAGCAGAACAUCGUGGAUCUGCGUGUACCUGCGAAAGCUGACUGUGAGCGCUGUCUCCAGCUCUGUCCUCUGCUGGUCAGUAACCAGCGCGACUGGAGGGCCAUUAAAUUUUACUGUCAUAACCGGAUUCAGUUAUUAAAGAAACAGGGCCGCAGAGAAGGAAACAUCACCGCCGUCUGCUAACACGACACUUACAGAAACUAUUCACCUCACUGAAGAUCAUUCACAUCUACCAACAUCCCAUAAACAAAGUUCUCAUGUUAUUAUUGACUGAAAUCCUUCAUUUGCAUGUAAUUGGUUAUAUUUUCACAUUAUGACACGAGACGGACUCUGUAUGUGUCAGGUGAGUUAUUUCUUUAAUCUGUCAUGUUUCAUUGAUGAACACUUCACACAUUCCCGUAUCUGUUAUCUGUUUACUUUACCAUAAAACAACAUGAUUUUACUGUAGUUAAGUUAAUGUUCAGUAUUAAACACACAUCAGUCUACUGGAUUAAAGUUAUUACACAGCUGUUUCUCAUUCAUCUGACUGUAGAUCUGCUGUGAUGGUUUUGUAUUUGGGACCAGGUCUCAUUUCAGAGAGAUAAUGCUGGACUGAAUCCCUUCACCUGUAAUCUGUCUGACACGAUCUUGUGUAAACAACAUUUCUGGCUCAUAUUUCUCAUACAGUACACUGCAAAAAAAUGACUUUCUUUCUUAGGUUAUUUGACUCAUCAAGAAAAUUCAUCUUGUUUUAAGAGUUUUCUACUGAAAACAAGAGAAAAAUACUAAGUAAGAAAUUAAUUUUUUGCAGUGUAUAACAAACAUUUAUAAUGAUGUGUAGACUGUUUUAUUUCAAACUAAAUCAUGAAAUAUUUCAUUUAUUGUAUUGAUACAUGAUAAAUGCGAGUACUUUCUGAAUGAUGAAAUUAUAUUGACAUAAAAACAUGACGGUAUAAAAACAGUAAUAAUGUUUUGUGAAAUAUGAGCCAGAUAUAAUCCUGACCUCAUGAGAUAUUUAUCUGUCUCUUCUCUUCUUGUUUGAAUAUUUCUUGUAUUAUUGUCAUUGGAUUAAUUUGUUGUAAUGAUGUGAAAACAGGCAGAGGAUGUUGAGGAUAAACUCAAUGUCUGGAGAUGAGAUCUUUGGUUCAGCAUGAAGUCAGUGAGUUUUGUUAUUUUAUUCAGAUUUGUGCCAACAAUACAAGAUGAUCUUCUUAUAGUAGUUUUUGUAUAAGUGAAUGAUGGACAGAAGAGUUAUAUUCCCUCAUCUUUACACUUCUUUAAGGUCUGUUCGGUGUACAUUGAUGUAUUGUAAUGAUGUUAGGCUUUAGAAAUGAGUAUGAUGUGAUGAUGUACAUUCUGUAAAUAUCGAUUGACUUCUAUAAAAUUACCACAUUUUAACUUUGCUUUCUUAAAUAUCGUUGUAAAGGUCUAUCAGAUUUUAGAAAGAUGAUAUCUUGAAGAAUACAGGAAUUCAUGUAACAUUAUUUGCAUUUCAGAUUGUUGUCUUUUUAUUAAAUUACAUCCAUAUGAAAGAUCA